AGCUUCUACCAUUUGCAGUUUGAGAGAGAGAGGGAGAGAGAGAGAGAGUUGCAGAGCUGUAGAAUUGUUCAUCAAUGGCAGCACGUGGAGGAGAAGGGCAAAGAAGAGGAGGGGGAAGACCUCUUCCUCCAUCUGCAAGAGGACCUCCUGGUCCUCCUCUUCAUGGUAAACCUGGACCCCGAUUUGAACCAGUUGAUCGCGAAAAGACUUGUCCAUUGCUACUUCGAGUUUUUACUAAGAUUGGUGGUCAUCAUAGCCAGGCAGACUUUGCAGUGAGAGGCAAGGAGCCUAAAGACGAAGUCCAAAUAUAUACUUGGAUGGAUGCUACACUUCGUGAGCUAACUGAUCUGGUAAAAGAGGUGGCUCCAGAAGCUAGAAGAAGAGAUGCUUUACUGUCAUUUGCUUUUGUAUAUCCUACUAAAACUGGUCAUUUUACAGUCAAAGAGGUUGGGAAAACCUUCUCUUAUCCAAAUGCAAGACGACCAGAUGAUGGCAGCAAGGCCCUCGGCAGCCUUAGCUUCGAGAUUGGAGAUUACUUGGAUGUGGCAAUACUUUAGACUUCUACGUUGUGUUUAGGUCCCCUGGUGGUUUCGUAGAGUAGUCAUGGAUCCUGCUAUCAAUGGUGCGAUUUCGGGUUUGUUAAACGAUAUAGUUUAUAUUACGCUUGUACUGAAGGAAAAUUUUCUAAACGUGUAUUCGUGGAUGA